AUGGCCGAGAGCCGAAAAGUUUCGGCCGCGGUCAUUGUUUCAAUAAUUUGCAAGAGAAGGAAGAAGAAGAGAAAGGUGAAGGAAGUGUGGGAGAGGGAAUGGCUAAGAAGAAGAACGGAGCGAGGGGUUUUUAGGCAGUUGUUAGAGGAGUUAAGGCUGGAGGACGAGUGUAAUUACGGGCGAUACUUACGGAUGGACACGGAAACAUUUCAGGUGAGGUUAAAUGGUUUUCCUUACUUCGUAAACACGUACAGUGGGUGUUUUGGCGCUUUUUUGAACUGUGAAAGACAUUUUCAGAUUAUGGUUUUCAUGGAUAUUCGUAAUUUUAGCGUUUAGUGUAAUUUGUGUCGGGGUAAAAUUUAUUUGAUCGUGAUCGGUCGCGCGAAAUAUUUGGGCCCUGAAGUCAAGCAAGCAAGCCCUUCAAAUGCAAACUAGGGGUGUCGAAUGGUAAAUACGAGCCUUUGCGAGACGGCGAGACCAGCGUUUUUCUUUUCGAGACCGAGACUUUGAGGUCUUUGGAUUGCAAGACCGAGAAUUAGACUCCAAAACGGCUUCGCAAAAAAUUCGAGACUUUUAAGACUUUCAGAAACGCUCAAAAAACGAGACUGCGAAACCCUUGAAAUUUCACAAAAAUUUUGCGAGACCUUUACAUUUUUAGAGGCCAUUCGCCACCGCUCGGACUCGUUUUAUAAGAGGUGCUAACAAAAAGUGAUUUCUGUAGUAGUAUUCCUCGGUCUGCAUUUUACCCCUGCAGACUGCGUUUUUAAUACACUGACCGAAUUUUCAAGUUGGCGUUUGCAAUAACAAUAUUGAAAAAUGAUUUUGACAAAAUAGUUCAGCUGUUCAGUUACACAGUUAACAUUGCAUGGUUACAUUGCAUUCUACAAACUUUACGAAGGGAGAAAGGAAUUUGUGAUCUAAGUUGAAUAUUAUCUGGAGUUCAUUUUCCCUUGAUUGAUUUAGUAAAAAUCGUCAGGACCUUGUGUUGACGGCAUUCCUAUUGCUUGUCCACCGUGAGAAUGGUAGUGUUACGUACCACAUUGUUUUUGGCGGGACAAAAAUUCCACCCUGACAAAAUUUUUGAAAAAAAUAUCAUAGUAUUCAGUGAGAAACUGGACUGGGAGGAAUACUCGCAGUAUAGAUGAUGGGGGGGGAGGGUCGAUGGAGCUUCAUAUUGCAAACCCAAGAUAAUACAUGAACCCGAAAUUUUACACUCAAAAAAAUACAAGGCAAAAUUUUUACAGUCAAACAGACUUUAAGACCAAAAAAAUUGUGACAGGUCUCUUGAUCCACAAAAUACCACGGGUGUAAAUUUUCAAUCGCAAAAAUAUGUCAGACCCCCCCCACCCCCCGCCAUGUAUACUGCAAGUACCCCCCCCCGGUGACAACAUGAGUGAGUCCAUUGAUGUCCAUUGAUAAGCUAUUGAAAUUGAAUUGCAGUAACCAUUUAUGUUGCUUGCCGGCUGGGCACAGCAUGGUAAUACUCAUCCUCUAUGAAAAUCGAUCAUCAGUAUGCUAACAUCAGUAUGAAUUAAUAUUAAUCUUUUAAUUAAUAUUGAUUAUAAUUUAAUUGUAUCGAUUUUCAUAAGAUUCAGUCUGAAAUGAAAGGCAUUGAUGCAAAGGUCUGGGGAAUAAACCAUAUAAAUUCUAUAUUUGGUAUUGAGGUAGAAUUUUACUAGAUAAAAAUAUUAUGUCUUUUAGUUUGUCCAGGUUGAGUUAGCAUUCAAAGGUUACUGUUUUAUUCUCCUGUCAUAUGUUACUUAUAAUUAUGUCAGGGGGGCAAAACAGACUGUCACCUUUUAUCUUGGGUGUGUAAAAUGUUGUCCAAGUGCUGAUAUUUUACUUAAUUAUGUUAUGGCAAAAUUGGUUGAUCUUUUUCUAAAUCUACCUUUAAAUUUUUAGAACCUUCUUGAAAAAGUGACACCGUUAAUUGAAAAGAAAGAGACCAACAUGAGACAGCCAAUACCACCUGGAGAACGUCUGGCAGUGACCUUGAGGUUUUUGGCUACUGGAGAGAAAUUUUCCAGUCUUCAGUACCAGUUCAGAAUCAGUGUGCCAUCCCUGUCAGUCAUUAUUCCAGAAGUGUGUCAAGCCAUCUUUCAGGUCCUUAAGGACAAUUACUUCAAAUGCCCAAGUACUCCAGAGGAGUGGUUACCAAUAGCACAGCUGUUUCAUGACCGUUGGCAGUUGCCGCAUUGCAUUGGUGCUGCUGAUGGAAAACAUGUACGUAUCCUCCAUCCACGCAACUCUGGUUCUAAAUUCUACAAUUACAAGGGUUUCUUCAGUGUUGUGUUGCUUGCAGUUGUAGAUGCAGAUUACAAAUUUAUAUUUGCUGAUGUGGGCUGUCAAGGCAGAAUAAGUGAUGGUGGUGUACUCAGAAACAGCCUGUUUUGGAAAGCUCUGGUCAAUGACUCUCUUGGCUUACCCCAGCCGAGAUUGCUUCCUGAGUCAGCAGACAAAUCUUUUGAUGGCAGCUACACCCAAAAUCCAUUGCCUUUUUAUCUAGCUGGAGAUGAUGCUUUUCCACUAGAGAAUAACAUCAUGAAGCCUUAUUCACAGAGAAAUCUUUCAGAUGAGAAAAGGAUCUUCAACUACAGGCUUUCCAGAGCACGACGGAUCAGUGAGAAUGUUUUUGGCAUUUUGACAAGCAGGUUCGGGGUAUUUUCAACUGUUAUAUGUACAAAGCCAGAGAGUGCUGUCAAUAUUGUCCUUUGUGCAAUAGCUCUGCACAACUUUUUAAGAUCAAGAGUUCCAGAAAGGUACAUCCCCACUGGGGCCCUUGACAUGGAGAACUCCAAUGGUGUGGUAAAUGAAGGUUCCUGGAGGCAUGACGUUGCUACAAUCCCAUUUGCAAAUGUCCCAAAUUCUCGAAAGGGAAGGCAACCAAGGAAGGCAGAGGAAAUGAGGGACCAGUUAUGCAACUACCUCAGUGGUCCAGGCCAAGUUCCAUGGCAGUGGAAUGUCUUAAUUUAA